AUUUUGAAGUCUGACGUCAUGCAGGAGUUCCAAUCUCGACUUCCGGGUAAAGAGAGGAAGGAAAAGUGAAAAAAAAAAAAAACACCAUAGUGAUGUCGCAGGAGGUGACAGCGGAAACUUACAUCCGUAAGUUACCGUACUCCGCAAUCCAGAAGCUUGUAAAUCUUUUGGAACCAGACCAGCUGUGGAAGAAGUUUCUGUGUUACAUCCCCAAACGACUGGACAGCGAGAAUUUCGAGGAGCGAUACAGUACUGCUCAGGUGAAGAUGAUAGAGAACAGAGCAGGAAAACCCGGCACCUAUGCCACCAGAAUAAUUCUCGAGGACUGGGGAACACAAAAUGCUCGAGUAAAACAUCUCAUAAAAGCACUUGGUAAAGCUCGAUUAUAUGCAGCAGCUGACUAUCUCGCCGUCACCCAACUCAAGGGAGAUCCGGUGCCUAAAGAAUGUGAACCAAACUUAAGCCUUGUGGGUUCCUGCUCACUGACCCCCAAUGAACAAAAGAACCUGGAAAAUGGAAGCUCUGAAAAAAGAGAAAUGUACAAUAAAGCGAAGGUACCAGACUCACCCCCCGUCCUGCCAGACAGUACCACUGACAUUUACACUAGGUCAAGUUAUAGUAGUGAAGAAUCUAGAAGAGUUGAUUCAGAUCCCUCUGGUCUCCACACACCUUCACAAAAUCGGGUAAUGGUGAACAGAAUCGAGUCAUAUGACAGUGGAGAAAGGACACCUGACCUGCAUUCUCCAUACUGUGCAGUCUCCACAGAGAGAUCAAUACCCAAGCCCCUCUCAAUGGUUUAUCAACCAGACUCUCAGGCCAUUAACUUUGCUGUAUUGCAGUGUUACACCAAUAACUUUGAUGAUAGGCCAUCCUCACAAGGGGGAACUGUAAUUGGUAGGGGAGGAUUUGGAACAGUAUAUAAAGCAACGUUUCCAAACAAUUAUGUUGUAGCUGUAAAAAGGUUGAAGGACCCUGAAGAUCCAGUGAUGCAAAAGCAGUUUGAAACUGAACUAAAAACAUUAGCAGCCUAUCAUCAUGUAAACAUUGUAGAACUUGUAGGGUACUCCAUUGAUGGCCCAGAAAAGUGUUUAGUGUACGAGUUUAUGCCCAAUGGAUCUCUAGAAGACAGACUUCACUGUUUAAAUGGUACCCCACCCUUAUCCUGGCAAUUAAGACUUGAUAUUGCAUAUGGAACAGCCAAAGGAAUUGUUUAUCUGAAUGAAAGUGGUUUAGUUCAUAGGGAUAUUAAAAGUGCAAAUGUUUUAUUGGAUGAAGAAUUUGUGCCAAAAGUAGGUGAUUUUGCUACAGCACGCCUGGCCCCCUCUGGCAGUAGUACCACGGUGGCAACCACAAAAUUGGUGAUAGGAACUUCAGCAUACAUGGCCCCUGAAGCCAUUAGAUUUGAUAUAUCAGCCAAACUUGAUUCUUUUGCAUUUGGUGUAGUACUAUUAGAGAUUUUAACAGGGCUUCCACCCAGUGAUAACAAUCGGGAGGAGACGGACCUCGUGAGCCAUGUUACUGAGAAUUUGGAGGACAGCAUCAUCGGACUUUUGGAUCCCCGCGCAGGACCAUGGUGUCAUCAGACUGCUGAUGAUCUGUAUCGGGUGGCCCAUCGGUGUUUGAGGGAUCGGAAAAAGGAGAGAGUGCUAGUCAAAGAAGUUCUUUCUGACUUGGAGAUAUUGUUAGCUAGUUCUAGUUGACAGACCAGGUGGUUUAGGAGUGAGCCCAAAGGUUGAACUGUUGGAUUCCUUCUACACAGUGAACUCGAGACACAACAUGGUUCACUCCGGGACUGUCAGAGCUACGCAUUGUCAGGUGUUGGGAUCACCCUUGGCACUAAGGUCUGCCUAGUUAGCAGAAGACAAAAUUAGUUAGCUGGCACCUAUCAUUUUUUUCUGAAAUUAUUUGAGAGGCGGGUCCAAACCUGGAAAUUUUUAACAGAGGGAGACUGGAUUAUUCAAGGAUUUCAACAGUCAAUAUAUUCAAUAGGUCCAUUAUCAAGUGUUUUACAUUUUGUACUAAAUUAGUUACGAAUUUGCAUUUUUGGCAAACAUUAGGUUGGGCCCCAAUAGUUUGUCUUCUCUCAUGUAUGCAAUUGUUUUGUCUCUAAUACUAGUCAUGUCUAUAGUAGCACAAUCUGUGUAACGUAUCUUCUGACCCUGCUGAACUGAUACACUCAUUUGUUGAUUUAUCUUUAAGGAUGACACAUCAAUUUGCAUCAUGGUUUGAAACCUUGAAUCUGUUUAUACUCAACAAAAUACAAGUCAUGUAUAUGUAAAGUGAUGAAAAAAUUUGAAUAUUUAUGCUCAUAUUUUGAAUUUGGAGUCAACAGUUUCAAAACUAUAUGUAGUAAACAUGUAAAGGUAUAUUAAUUCUUUAUUGAUACAAUUUCUGAUGUAUAUAGAUUUGAAUUAUAUGUAUAUAUUAGAAAUAGAAGAUGUCCUUCUGAAAGCUUUGCUACAUUUGACGGUGCAUGUACACGUACAUGUUAUGUAUAUAUGGUGGAUGUUUCAAAUGGUAAAAGGAUUUAUGAGAGAAAGUUCUUAAAGAAUUAAAACACACAAGAACUCGUACAACAUGGAAAGCUCUACUAACUUAAAGGCUUGUUCUCUCCUAAAAACGAGGAUAUAUUCUGAUAGUAAUGUGAUGGUGUGUGUACAUGUGCAAUGCCAAUACAAAAUGCAUUGGGUCUGUUGUUAGUUUAUAAAUAGGCCCAGUUGCAAGGGGAUGCCCCACUCUAUGGUGCAUGUUUUUGUUAAGUGUCUGUUAGUUUUGUAGCUAACCUAUGAGGCCAUAAACUCUACUAUCUCACUGUUAUUUUUUAAAUUGAGAAACAGAAA